AUGCAACUCCUCUCCUUACUUCUUGUCCCUCUUUUGCUUUCUCUUUCAAGUGUUGCCCAUCCCGCAUACCCCUGGAAGCGAGAUACAUUCGCGAACCAGGUCGUCGCUCAGCAUAAUGCCGCUCGAGCCAAGUACGGCGCGCAACCCAUCACCUGGAAUAGUGCACUCUAUAAUAACACACUAGCCUAUGCAAAAAAAUGCGUAUUUGAACACAGGAACAUCUUUUGUUGCCGCCUUCUUGUGCUGAUGUUUGAGCCCAAAAAGGCUGCCGGUUCUUGGGAUACCUAUGGUAUCGUGGACGCUGUCAACGAUUGGAUGAGCGAAGCUCCUGACUAUGACUACAAUCAUCCUGGCUUUUCGGAAGGCACGGGCCAUUUCACCCAGGUUGUGUGGAAGAGCACCACUCAGGUCGCUUGUGCCGUCGCUUCCUGCCCCGCUGGUACUAUUUUCUCCGAUUAUGCAUCUCAGUACGUCAUCUGUCGCUACACCCCUCCCGGGAACUACGACGGAGAAUUCGCUCACUACAAUGGCAGCUCUCUAUUUUCGUCUGGUGUCCGCGUCGGCGUUUGGGGGGAUAGUAACCGAACUAUUUCCUGCAAAAGUCACACCUAUGUCGCGAAGAAGCAGAGGUAUCAUCAGCAAAACGUCCAAUUACACUUUGGUAACUUAGACUUUGAUGUUAGCAACUUUGAGCAACUAUUUCAACUUUACCGUGAACUUUCACUUCAAGAAUACAACUUCGACUUUGAUUUCUACUCUUUGAACUACUUUAUGAACGUCUUUCACUUUGUAGUUUAA